AUGGGUCGGGCGUUUACGAGCACUCGUGGCGCUAAGCGGACAGAACCAGCUGGGAGGGAAAGGGGAGGGGAAAACGCGUUAGAGGAGAUUCGCUAUGCUGCAUUCACGGCUGAUGGCAGCUACGUGGCAGUGGCCACGUCAGCAGGUUUCAAGAUAUUCCGCUGUGCUGACGUGGCGCAGCCCGUCGUGAGCCACCUUGGCGUGGGCCCGAUAAAGAUCGUGGAGCUCACUCUCAUCGCGCCACGUGGCGCACCACCAUUAAUCGCAUUCGUUGGCACUGGAGACACGCCGCACCUGUCGCCUCGAGAGCUGCAUCUAGCUUCCGUCGCCCAUCCAGCCUUCCCACCUCCUCCCUCCACCUCCCCUACUUCUUUAUCUCCCUCCUCUCUCACCCCUCUCGGCACCCUCUCCUUCCUCACCAUCAUCACUGCCGUCCGUCUCAACCACUCCAGGCUACUGGUCCUGCUCGAAUCCAGGCUAUUAGUGCAUGACGUCUCCCCUCAGGGUGUUGCUGCCGGCUUCCCUCUCCUGCUCUCCCUCACUGUCGCCCCCAACCCUAAUGGCAUAUGUGCCCUGAGCCCUCUCUCGCCUCCCCCUUCUUCAUUCCCUUCUUGCCAAACGUCCUCCCUGCUUGUGUCCCCUCCCAGGCAUCUCCCUGUCUCUCCUCGCCCCCUCUCCCGCUCCUCCUCCCAUUCGUCAGGUUCCCCUGUUCCGUUUUCUCCCUCUGCCAUUCUCCCCUCCCCUGACCCUCCCAGGCAUCUGCUUUUGGCCAGAUCAACUCAUGACGGGUCGAUCGAUCGCAGCCACUCAAAUCGCUCCCUUCUGCCCGCCCCGUCCCGCUUCCUUUUCUUUCUUCCCCAGAUCAAGGCUCACGACGGGCCGAUCGCAGCUGUUGAAAUCACCUCGCUGCUCCCAACCCUUCCAUCUCCUCUGCGGCAAAAUGAGCCGAAUUUUCAAGGGGACGGGGAGGAGGGAGGAGGGGAGGACGGGGAGGGGGAAGAAGGGGGAGAGUGGGGGAAUGAGGAGGGAGGAGGAGGGGGGAGGGAGCUGCUGGCGUCAGCAUCUGCCAAGGGCACUGUGAUUCGGGUGCACUGCAUCCGGACAGGCAACAAGCUCUCUUCUUUCAAAAGAGGCGCCUACCCUGCUGCUAUCUUCUCCGUCUCCUUCGUUUCUCUCACCAGCAGCACCGGCACUGCCCAUAUCUUCCACCUCCCCAUCUCCACCUCCUCUCUCUCUUCACACUCUUCACACUCCUCUCCCUCCUCUCAUUCCAGUUCCCCCUCUUCCUCCUCCACCUCAUCCCCUUCGUCUGCUGAUUACCCUGCUGGGAGCUCUACUGGCAGGAGGCACAGCGAUGUGACUGUGCACCAUGUGACUGCAGCGGGGGAAGAGAGCAUCUGUGCCAUGGCUGUAUGCUCUACUAUGCCACAUCAGGCGCAACAGUAUCAGCAGCAACAGCAGCAGCACCAACAACACCAGCACCAACAACACCAGCAGCAGCAGCAGCAGCAGCAGCAGCAGCAGCAGCAGCAGCAGCAACAGGGGAUGUAA